CUCGGCAGACUUGAUAGCUCCUUGUAAACAAUAGUGCACACAAACCCUGGAGGCAGGGUUGGAGCUGUGCCUCAGGGUGACUCAGUUUUUGUUCCUGACACUGUUGAGGAGGAAGCGACAGGUGGGCUCCGAGGCUCCGAGCAGCAGAGUGCAGGAGACGCUCAGGCUGACCGUCAGCCCUCAUGGGAGCAGCUGGACUUUUACCAAACCUCACAGGAUCACAUGUAGGACACUGAGGUAGGACCACAAGAAAACAUUCAACUCAACUUCGAGAGUCCGUCGUGUUCUACGCUCUCAUGCUCAGUUGCAUGCAGGUUGUUUUGGUGACGCUGCCUAUAUGGAACAUCUGGCCGAGGACAACAGACAGAGAGAAAAUCUUCCCCCUGGUUAAAUCCAACACGUGUGGCUGCGGCAGGGAAGCUCUCGGUGGACGGUUUGCUGCAGAUGUCCAGCUCUGAGCUGAAGGACACAAUGAGACGCCUGGGCUCCAACUCGGAGGAUCGUUCUCGCCUCACUGCUGCCCUCUCCUGUCUGAAGAGUGCCGAUGAAACAGGUUGCGACCAAAGGUCUGACUCAGACUCCAGCAGAUCUGAGCACCGGCAGGACAGUGAUCCCUUCUCUCCCGUUAACCCACCGCCCCUGCAGCCCACCAGCCCCCGCAGCCACUCCGUCUCCCUAUCAGUGGCACCGUUUUCAGACAAUCAAAGAUCAUACGUGUCACCUGACGAAACACCCGAUGUCUUCACCCUGGACCCAAGCACCCCUCCGAUCACCCAAACGCCAAAGACGCGCACCGCCAGGGCCUCCAACACGUCACCGCCACCUUCCCGAAAGCUGCUGCAGUUCCUCCCCAACAUCACAAUGACGAGAAGCAAGAGUCAAGAGUCGCAGCUGGCCAAUCGCAUCGAGGAACCUGCGUCACACAAGACCUGUAAGAAGAACAAAGUGCUGGCUGCCAUUCACAUCAACGGCUGUGGGAACGGUCCUGAGGACUCGGUGCUGCGCUCGCCGCUGCCUUCUGCCCGAACGCCCGGCCCUGUCCCUGCCUCGGCCCCUUACAUGAUGCCAGCCGUCCCCACCCUGAUGGACAAUUUGACCAUGCACAGAAGUUCCCCAAAGACAAUGAGGAGAGACAUUGGCCUGGCCAUAACACACAGGUUUUCAACCAAGUCCUGGCUCUCCCAGAUAUGCCAAGUGUGUCACAAGAGCAUAAUGUUUGGUGUCAAGUGCAAGCACUGCAAGUUAAAGUGCCACAACAAAUGCACCAAAGAUGCUCCCUCAUGUCGGAUAUCAUUUCCCACAAUGCCAAGGAUGCGCAGGGCAGAGUCAGUGCCAUCAGAUAUCAAUAAUCGCAUCGAUCACACAGGGCAGAUCCCACUGCAGUAUGGCACUUUACCGAAGGCAUUAAACAAACGGGAGCCUCCCCCCAAUUUAAACCAGUUGGAUUCCAGCAGUAACCCAUCGUCAGCCACCUCCUCCACACCUUCCUCCCCAGCACAUUUCCAGCAGAGUAACCCCCCGAGUGUCAGCACCACCCCUCCACCCAACGGCUCCUGCGACAACCGUUUCCACUUCCCAGAUGUUCCUGCUUCCACACAUGCAGCUGUUCUCCAUUCUGGCAGCAGCCAUGAGUCUGGAGUGUCUCCGCUGGUCACUGAGACACAGCGACCAUCCGUAGAACGGGACGGGGAGGACGAGGCUGAGGAAGCAGCUGACCAGUGCAGCAGUAAGAACAACGAUCCAAAUGAGGCGUGUGAUGAGGACGGACUCGAGGACCUGCCGUCUACCAUAUGCCGGCGGACCGCUGGCCGGUGGAGGGGCCAAAUCUCUCGCAAGGUCAGCCAGACCAGCAUCUACCUGCAGGAGUGGGACAUCCCAUAUGAGCAGCUGCAGCUGGGAGAGCUCAUUGGCAAGGGUCGCUGGGGGAAGGUGCAUAAGGGCCGCUGGCACGGCGAGGUGGCCAUUCGCCUCCUGGAGGUUGACGGACACAACCAGGAUCACCUGAAGCUCUUCAAGAAGGAGGUGAUGAACUACAGGCAGACCAGGCACGAGAACGUGGUCCUGUUCAUGGGCGCCUGCAUGGCUCCGCCCCACCUCGCCAUCAUCACCAGCUUCUGUAAAGGUCUGACUCUCUACUCUGUUGUGAGGGAAAGAGGUCACAUGCUGGACAUCAAUAAAACCAGACAGAUCGCACAGGAGAUCGUGAAGGGAAUGGGUUAUCUUCACGCUAAAGGCAUCAUCCACAAGGACCUGAAGUCCAAGAACGUCUUCUGUGACACAAACAAGGUUGUCAUCACAGACUUCGGCCUGUUUGGGAUGUCUGGAGUGGUACAGGAGGGCAGAAGGAAGAACGUGUUGAGGAUCCCGCAGGGCUGGAUCUACUACCUGGCUCCAGAGAUUGUUCGGCAGAUGAGCCCAGAGGUGGACGAGGACCAGCUGCCUUUCUCCAAAGCUGCUGAUGUUUACGCAUUCGGCACGAUCUGGUACGAGCUGCAGGCCUGCGACUGGCCGCUCACCAACCUGCCUGUGGAGGCUAAAAUCUGGCUGGUGGGCAGCAACGAGGGCAUGAAGAAGGUGCUGGCAGAAGCCAACCUGGGCAAGGAGGUCACGGAGAUCCUGUCCGCCUGCUGGUCCUCUGGGACAGACGACAGGCCCACCUUCACCCAGCUGGCAGACAUGCUGGAGAGACUUCCCAAGCUGAACCGCAGACUGUCUCACCCAGGACACUUCUGGAAGACGAAUGAGUCGUGGGAUCGUCAUCACUGUCUGAGAGAUCAGUGCCAUCAGGGCCUGCAUGCAAACUGUCCGUACACGUACAAAUACAGCAGCUGAUGGUGCUCUCUAGAACCGACACCGGAUUUGAGCAAGUACUGACUAUAUUAUUAGGAUUCAGUUUUUAUGUGGAGCAUUGUUCGAAUCGAUUCGUGUUAUAUUUAUUCUGCCCACAUCGAUAUCAAACCUCAAAUAUACGAGUUAGACGGACAGAACUUGCGGACUUGUCACGCGAGGGCAGCGUCGAACGACAGAGACACGCGCCCAAAGCAUCUUUUGGUUUAUUUUGGAUAUACUCAAGUAUAACAGACAUUAGCCACAGAGCAUGACGCUCACCAAACGCACCAGAACGAUCACUUGAGAUAGAGGAUCGUGCCGAUCCAGGGAGUGUUAUCAAAUAGCUGAUUUCCUGAAGAGGUCUGAGGGUUACUCUAAAAAAGAUGUGGUUAAGAGAAGUAAAGUUAAAUGCAAUAAAAAAUCAGCCACUUGUAAAUUGUAUUAAUUUCUAGUGUUAAAAUGAAUGAAUGUGUCUUUCUUUCAUGUUGUUAUUACACAUUUUCUUGUAAUUUAUUCUGUUUUUACAAGAAAUAAUAAUGAAACACGCCACUCGAGUCAAAUGAGUAAACUUCCCUAAUGAAGCGUUUUUUUCAUUUCGAGAAAGUUUUGUGGGGUAAGCAAGCGAUUUUAUUUCCACUAAACUUCCUCGCGAAAACAAAUCAACGAAUCUGAAAACGCUCGUGGUUUUCGUUGCGAGACAUUUAUCGAACAAAGAGGAAAGAGAGUUUUCUGCAGAAAGGCUCCCGCUGCUUCACCUGGUGAUACAGGAAGGAAGAAAGUAAGAGACUGGAGUUAGUGGCCUAUAGACGACUUCCUCACAUUCUGCCGCUGCACAGAACACAGCUGUUCAAAUGUUCAGACGUCAGCACACUAAAGGAUUCAGAGAUUUAACGAGAGCUGCAGAUGAAUCAGUCGUAUUGGUUCAGUCCUCCAUCGAAGCCUGGCAGCAGGUCGACGCUGACAAUACUGGUUUUGUUAAAUGCAAAAGAAAUGUGUGAUAUUGCCACAGGUGUGUGUGUGUUUGUGUUUGUGUGUGUCUGUGUGUAUUUCUUGUGUGGUUCUGUAUCACUCAAGUGAACAAAGUGUGUGGUGACAUGGUACACUCACUGAUCGUGUUUGAAUGUUUUUGGGCUUCACAAAUGCAGUGGAAGUCAAACGUAAUCAAGCAUUAACCUUAGUGCGUAUAUGUAUAUAAAGUGCUGGAGGUUGUAUUUAAUAUACAGUGCUGAUGUUUGAUUCGUUAUUGGUACUUUCAUAUUUAUACAGAGAGAUUUUAGACACUGUAAACUGUUGACAGUUGAUUGGUGUUUUUCUUUUUUCUCGGGGCGGGCUGGGAGAAUUUUUUUGUACAGGAUUUGUGAUACUGGUUUCUGUUCUGAACUGCUGUAAACAUUAAAACUGAUC